AUGUAUAAUACAGGCAAAAAAUUCCACCCACUUGAUUUUUUCCAUUAAUGAACCACGUUGGAAAGGUUGGCUCUGGGAAAAAUUACAGGCUGCAUAUCUUUCGUUUCUUCUUCUCCACACCCUUUCACGCCCGUCUGGAGAUCGAAGAGCGAAUCUUGACUCAUCUGUAAAAUGUACACUCCAAUGUACA